AUGGGUCCCGUAAUAGGCGGAUAUAUAACAGUUGCUGCGUGGUGGCGGUGGUCAUUAUACACAGAGACAAUUGUGUCCGGUGCGACAGCGUUUGCAGCAAUAUUCGCCUUGAAAGAGACAUUUGCUCCUGUCAUCAGAAAGCGAGUUGCUUCCAAAGAAUCCAUGAACCGGUCUGAUGUGAAGGCAACAAUCCGAGAAGCUAUCGUUCGCAUCCUAAAAUUAAUGAUUCGAUCUCCAACUGUUAUUCUCGCAACAACACAGGUAUCCAUUGAAUAUGUAUACAAUUAUCUCCUAAUGACUUCUUUCCUUUCUAUUUUUGGGGAUCGAUAUGACUUCAAUGCCGUGGGAAAUUCCAUAGGGCUGAUCACCUCUGGUCCUUUCUCAGACUGGUAUCUUAACCGACAAAGACACCAUAAUGGGAAGAACACCCCCGAGGAUAGGCUGGUCGCUAGCUUCGCUGGCAAUGUCGUGAUUGCUGCUGAACUUUUCUGGUACGGAUGGUCUGCCCAAGUUCGCCUCCAUUGGAUGAUGCCUCUGGUAGGCGCUUCAAUUACUUCUAUAGGAGGCGGAGUGGUCUUCAUAGCUAUCCAGACAUACUUGACGGAUUCUUUCGGUGUGUAUGCCCCCGGUGCUAUUGCCGUCAACACAGUGAUCCGAUCGAUUCUUGCUGCAGUCUUGCCUCUUGUCAUCCCUUCAUUAUAUCACCGCUUGGAAUAUGGCUGGGGAAGCAGGUUGUUAGGGUUCCUGGCCCUGGCUUUUUUGCCAAUAAAACUCAUACUCUCCAAGUAUGGUGCGCAGCUUCGCACCCACCCCAAAUUUCAAGUCAUAUGA